AUGUCUCUAGAGGUAGCAGCUUUCAUCUUGACCGUGAUGCGUCUAGAACGCCAAGCAGAUCCAGAGUAUUCAACAACGUUAACGGAGCUGCGCAAUUUGGAGACACAUGAACAGAUCUGCAAGGCCUCUCGCUUGAACCGUAAAACCACCACGCGCAUCAACCUCGCAUUGUUCCAUGGACUGCUGCCGAAACUCCGCGAGGGAUAUGGGUUCAGGGAGAUGCUCGCCUUUACUCGCGCGUUCCGACGAGAGGAUUGCCAUCACAACGAUCACCUCCCAUUGCCGUUCAUCCGCCCUAUUGAGUACAGCAUCGAUGAUACCGAGGUCGAGUAUCAAGGGGUGGGUGAACGCGUUGAGCUGUCGACUUUCUGCAAGCCUGCUGAGUUGGUUCCAAAAGACACCGAAUGUUCUGUGUACGUUACCGUGAUCGACGGGUCAGAGCGAGACGAAGCCGAGCAGCCUGUGCUCACGAAAUGCGGGCACACGUUCCAUAAGCUGUGCCUGGAUAAGUGGGUGAGUGACUCCAGAAUGAAGGUGUCGAAUACCUGUCCUUUGUGCCGCACAGUCUUGUGCAAGCAUCGUAAGCGGCUGCAUACGUCCCUGGAGGCUAUCUCUGUUGUCAGAUCCCACGGCGUGGAUGGCAUACCAUCUGCUGACAGCUCAAGCAUUGAGUCGUUGCAGUUAGUUGUCGCUACGCCACCUCGCGAACGCGUACAGUGGCUCGAGGCUCGGGUCACAGCUCACCUACAACUGAUCACUGCUGCGACUGAGGGCGACAAUGCAUCAGAUACGGAUGAGUCGGGCCGUGCAUCGAUCGACUCUGAUGAAGCAAUGGCACCCCGCGAGAUGUUCGAGAUUCUUCGCGCAGAGCGCGCCGCUCGAAUGCGUGUCGUCAAUUGCUGA